AUGGUCUGAAUUAAAAUUCUUACUGGGCGAACCAAACGACGAGCCCGAGAGAGCCAACCCACAUCCACCCAUUCGUACGAACGAGAAAUUGUACCAUACCAACGUGCUCCCAUAUCUCUCUACCCAUCUCUCCGACGCGCGACCAACACGGCCCCGCUCACCCCUAUCAACCUCCGGCCCCAUUGCUCCUUCCAACCUUACUUUACUUCCUUCAAAAGUUCAACUCACUCCAGAACAAACCGUCUUCUCUGUCUCUCUACCUUUUUAAUUCCAUACCCCAUUCUUCCUCCAAUAAUCAAUCCAAUACUCUCUUCAUUUUGUUAAAGAGUUAGAAGAUAAGAUGAAGUGCUACUCAGAGGAAGUGGACAGUAGGAGCUGUGGAGAGUUCAAGAAACAAAAGAAGACGGCAGAGGAGUUGGGGAGUAGAAGAGGAGGAGGGAAAGAAGGGGAUGGGUCGAGUAAUGAGGUGGUCAAGAGGCGGAGAGGCCGCCCGUCGGGAUCCAAGAACAAGCCCCAGCCCCCUGUCGUCAUCACCCGGGAGUUUACCGAUUCCUCCCCCGCUAUGCGGCCGCACGUCCUCGAGAUCCCCGCCGGCCACGACGUCGCCGCCUCCCUCGCCGCCUUCUCCCGCCGCCGCGCCCUCGGCUUGUGCGUCCUCGCCGCUUCCGGCCCCGUCGCCAACGUCACACUCCGCCAGUCACCCUUCCCGGUGGAGGGAUCCCCCUCCGCCGCCGCCGCCGUGGUGACGUUCGGCGGCCGGUUCGACAUACUCUCCAUCUCCGCCACCUUCUUCCCGCCGUCCCUCCCAGCCGCCGCCGGCGGAUUAGGCGGGGGGUUCUCGGUGUCGCUGGGGGGGCCGCAUGGGAGGGUGGUGGGGGGGAUGGUGGCGGGGCCUCUGGUGGCAGCGGGGACGGUGGUGGUGGUGGCCGCGGGAUUCGCAGAGCCCACCUUCGACCGGCUGCCGGUGGAGGAGGAGACGGCGGGUUCGGCCUCGGCCUCUCUCUCCGCCGCCGGCGGCAGUGGAGGUGGCGAUGAGGUUGCCGCCCGACCUCAUCAUGAUGAGGAUGAUCAUGAUGAAGAAGCGCAGUAUCACUAUCAACACGACCAUUUUCAUCGUCAUCACCAUCAUGGAUCGUCCGACGGUACACCGAUCUACGCCGGUCACUUCCCUCCAGAUGUUCUAUGGACUCCCACCGCCCGCUCCCCGCAUCUACCACCACCACCACCACCUCCUUAUCGAUUCACUUGAUAUUAUUUUCUUAUUUCUUGUCAAAAAAAAAAAAUCGGAUCUGUUUUUUUGCUUAUUGUAUUUGGUUUUGAUUGUUCGUGAGGUUGUUAUCAUGUAAUGUAAUAAGUGAAGGUUGAGUAGGAAGUAGUCAGUUCUCAUCAGGACUAAAAUUUGGAGGCAUAAAUGAUGAAGUGGAUAAGGUUGGGAUGACGGUGAUGUGGCUUUUCCAUUCGUCUUCUUCUUCUUUCUUUUCCUUUUUUUUUUGGGUGUAUACGUAUCUGUUUGGAAUGGGGAUCAAACGUGGAAGGGAGCACCCUUCAAGAGGUGCAUUAACUUUACCAGAAAAAAGAAAAAAAUAAGAAGAGGCGCAUUAGAAACAGGCUGAAAAUUAAAUGGACUACUUUAUUACCUUUUCUACUCUCUCAUCAUGAGAAGAAGAGAAGGACGUACUUUGGCAAUCUGAUCUGAUCUGAUCUGAUCUGGCGUGUGGCAGAAGUUAGGAGUAGCAUGACAAACUUGGCCGAGUCUCCAGCAUCCACUGAUCUUUUUCUUCUUUUUUCUGGUGAGCUAUCAAGUACAAUCAUAUAUCUUCGAGUGCAUACCCCACAGAGAUCUAAGUUUAUCAACUGCCAAAACUCGGUGGACAAGGGGCUAUCAGUGUCCAAGUUUCAAAAACCAGAUGGAAAAGCGUACAAUUUAACCCAUCUAUGGGACUCACCGCUGAAUUUUGAUCAUGUCCUUGGGGCCACAGUAUUCUACAGCCGAGCUAUCAUGUUGGAAGAAGUCCUGAUGCUCUCAGAAAGUACUGGUUCUGCCCUCCCAAAUGAGCCACUGAGCAGUGGAAAUAACACUCAUGCACCGGUCUCCACGGUAUCUGGAAGAGCAUUAAUCCUGGCACCACCACCUUUCUGCCCUUCUUGUCAGGGUUUGGGUCCUUCUUUCCCCUCAAAACAAUGGUUUUUUUAAUAUCCUUUGAAAAUAAACUUGCAUUAAAUAUUUCUUGUUUAUAAAGAAUUAUGGGAGCACCUUCAGCUAGAAUCACUUGUCUCCAAUAAGUGGACAGCAAUUUCAUGAUUUGAACAACAGAACCUACU